AUGAGUGCGGAGUCUCUAUUCAAGUUCCUCGUUUCAUAUUCUCAAGUCACCAAUACGCGGAUUUAUCUAGCGGAUGAGGAAAGGACUGAUGGACUAGUUACCGAGUCUGCAGCGAAUGACAACUAUGGAAACAUAAAGAUAAGCUCUUGGAGAAUUUGUGAGAGACUGUUCUCACAGUUGAAUAGGUCAGGAUUCGUCAUUAGCUCGGAAACUGCCCCUCACGUUAUUAGUUCCUACAUGCGACUUUGUGUUGGCUACGGUCAAAAAUCCGAGGGGUUUAAUGAAAUGUAUCACAGGACAAUUGAUGAUAUUGUCCAAGAGAAUGUAGAGAUCACAGAGGGGCUCCUGGAUGAGCUCCUGUUGCUCUACGACAGACUGGGAAUUUUUGACAAACGAUUUGCUGUCUACUACAGUAACCGGAUUUCCAAGAAUUUUAAUCUCUAUACCGAGAAUCAGAUUGGUAAUUUUUGCAGGUACAUGACAAAAUUGCCGUUUAUAAAGACAAAACCAUCGAGCAUGGAAUGGGUAAAGAAUGGCUCAUACUAUAGAGAGUUUAAGGGCGGAAAUAAAAGUCUCGGAGUAAAGGGAAAAAGGUUACCGAGAUAUUAUCGCAAAAUGCUCUUGGACAGAAGAAGUGAUGCUUUUACUACCAGAGUAGACUAUUCUAGUAGCAUUUCAGCUUCAAUCCAGUCAAGAGUUUUAUCAGAUUGGGAUUUUGGAUCGUCUGCAUUCAUAAAGUGCCUUGAGAAGGAACUUUUGUAUGUAUUGCACGAGUAUACCUAUUUUAACCUUGUCGAUGUCGGAGAAAUGUUUUUUGUCUAUGGCAUCAAUAGUAGUCUUAUGCCAAGGUUUUCAACAGAGCUUUCAAAGUAUCUGUAUAUUCUCAAGUAUGGGUAUCCAAUAAAGGCACUAGUGGUAAGUUUUAUGAAUGGUAUUUUGUUGAGGAUAAGCAAGAGCAACUACGUUUGUGGUUGCAAUUGCUAG